GUUUGUUUGAGAUGCGUGCGAAGAUACCGGUGGAAGGAAAAGGGGUGAAGCUGGUCAACUUUGAAUUGGAACAUGUACCAGUGUAUGAAGAAUGGUACAAGGACAAGGAAUUGCUGCGACUCACUGCCACGGAAGAGAUGGAUCACGAGUCGCUCGUAACAAGUCAGGCGAUGUACGCGUAUGAUGAUGACAAAAUCGCCUUUCUUGUUGUUGUGAAGGAUGAGGAAGGAAAGGAUAAAAUUAUCGGGGACUGCACCUUGUUUAUGGACAUUGUGGAUGAUCGCGAUAUGGGUGAAUUCAACGUGAUGAUUGCCGACAAGGCGUAUCGUCGCAAGGGGUAUGCGAGUACAGCGGUGAUUUUGGCGAUGAUGUGGGCAAGUCGCUACAUGAAGCUCAAAGAAUUUUUCGUGAAGAUCGACAAGGAGAAUCUGCCUUCGAUCAAGAUGUUCGAGAAGCUGGGUUUCAAGUUCUACCACUACAAUCGGCACUUCCACGAGAAUGAAUAUCGCCUUCAAAUCGACAAUUCGCUCGCGAAGAAGUGGAUCCAAGAGAUCGGUCUUCCCAUCCGAAUGUAUCCUUGUUUCUUUGAACAAACAAUGUUACAAACAAGAAGAAGAAGAAGAAGAAGUAGAGUUUAUUGUUUUCAUCUUUUAAAAUAA